AUGGCCACGGAACAGGCGCACGUGCGCGUGGGAGUAGGUGUUUUCGUUGUGCGUGACGGCAAGAUCCUGACAGGACUGCGGGCGGGCAAGGUUCCGGGGGCGGGUCAGUGGGCUCUCCCCGGCGGUCACCUCGAGAUGUACGAGUCGUUCGAGGAGUGCGCUGCGAGGGAGGCCAAGGAGGAGACGGGGCUGGACGUGUCGGAGUGCUCCGUCGUGGCGAUCGAGAACGUGAUCUCCGAGAAGGACCGCUACCACUACGUCGUGGCGUUCGUGCGCGCGGAGGCGGCCGAUGGCCAGGAGGCGGUCAACAGGGAGCCGCACAAGUGCGAGGGGUGGCACUGGAAGAGCCUCUCGGAGCUCAGGACCCUCGAGCCGAUGUUCUCCUCGCUGCGCCAGGUCCUCGACAACGGCUGCGACCCAACCAAGGGCUCGGCCGCGCGGUGA